AUGGAGCUGCCCAGCCCCUCACAAAAUCAGGCCUGGAGCCUGGAACCUCCCGCUCCCACGGCCCCUGCUUCCUCGGCCUCCGGCUCCCAGGAGCAGGAGGAUGCUGGGAGCCCCGCGGCCUCCGGGGGGCUUCCCUUGGAGAAGGUGAAGCGACCCAUGAACGCGUUCAUGGUGUGGAGCUCCGCUCAGCGCCGCCAGAUGGCGCAGCAAAACCCAAAGAUGCACAACUCGGAGAUCUCCAAGCGCCUGGGGGCGCAGUGGAAGCUGCUGGGCGAGGAUGAGAAGCGGCCCUUCGUGGAGGAGGCCAAGCGGCUGCGGGCCCGGCACCUGCGCGACUACCCAGACUACAAGUACCGGCCCCGGCGCAAGACCAAGAGUGCGAGCGCCGGGCUGCCCCACUUUGGCCAGGGAAGCGGCGGUGUGGCUGGCAAUGGGCCGUUCUGGGGGCCUGGGUACACAACCACCCAGGGCAGCAGAGGCUUUGGGUACCAGCCCCCUAACUACUCAACAUCCUACCUACCUGGAGGUUACAGCUCUUCCCACUGUAAACCAGAGGCCUCCACGUGCUCCCUCCACCAGAGUACCCCUAGGCUCCAGGGGGAGCUGCUCCCCUCCUCUAACCCCUACCUAUCCUCAGACUCUCCCACUCCGUAUAACCCUCCCCUCUCUGGGCCCCCCAUGCCCCUAGCCCACCUCUAA